UAAAGAACAAGAACAAACCCCGUCAUUUUCCGGGGACGAAAAUUGUUUUGGGGGACAUGACUUAUUGACUGCUGUGAGGUUGUCUAAACGUCUCAAAAGUGACGCUCCUUUGUCCACAAUGUUGGCCUGUACUCGUCUCUGCAGCAGUACUAUAUUCAGCGCUUUUCGCACGACUCCGGUAGCUGCUGUCGGUCAGCUCCAGAGAGGCUUUUCCUCGCAGACAGACGGAGAGGAGCGCAUCGCAAGCGUACUGAAGGAGAAAUUUCCUCUGGCCUCCAAGCUCAAAGUGACGGAUAUAUCAGGUGGCUGUGGGGCCAUGUAUGAGAUCCAUAUAGAAUCCAGCGAGUUCAAAGGAAAAAGAACUCUUCAACAACACCAGCUGGUCAAUCAAGCCCUGAAGGAGGAGAUCCAAAGCAUGCAUGGCCUGCGAAUCUUCACUAAUAUCCCAAAGUAACAAAAAGACAGAACAAUUCACUUCUGAACCACAAACCCAUUUUGCUUUUUCAUCUAAUAAGAAUGUGCAGACUCAUCAAAUGUGGUAUAUCGUUUAGCAAAUGCAUUUCAACAACAACAAAAAAACACAGUUAAGGCAUCAGCAACAGAGAUGUAGUUACAUUUUCACAGUAAAAAUGUGAAAUACAUGUAUAGUAAGGUAAGAGUAAUUUUUUUUUGUAAAGAAUGAAAUCUUAAGAUGUAAAACCAGUAACAGCUGUUAUACGCACAACAUGACCAAAUGUAUGGUCAUGAUCAAGUCACUCUUCUUCCCUGUUAGGGGGGGUCUCUCAGGGUUGUUUGUGAAGCUAGUGUUAGUCGUUACGAGUACCUGAAAUCAUCCACACAUGCUUUCUUUAAACUACCUUUCCAGCAAUGUGAUCACAAUGUAUGUACAGUUCACUUAAAAGUUGAUCUAUUUUAAAAUUUUGUUUAUCAGUGGGUUGUCCACAAAUCUUGGGCUUAUGUUUUAAAUGGAUUGUGUAAUAAAAAGCAGCAGCUUUA